AUGAUAACAAAAAAAUGUUCAUCUUUAAUUAACCGAUCGAGAAUAAUAUGUUUCAAUAGUUCGUGUGAAUAUAAUAAUUCUAAACGAUUACUUGCAACUCAAGUCGCUCAAAAUUUAAAUUCUGAACAGGUAAACGUAACAGCUAAGGAUGCCAAUAAUAAUAUAGAAUGGGAUUCAGCGGUUCCAUACGAGAAAAUUCCAGGCCCUAGUAAAUUAAAACUUUUAAGUUACUUUUUACCAGGUGGAAAAUUCUAUAACAAAUCUCGGCAUUAUAUAAGUAGAACAUUACGCGAUGAAUAUGGUGAAGUUGUAAAAUUGCAAGGCUCCUUUAAACAAAGAGACCUUGUUUUUGCAUAUAACCCUAAUCAUUUUGAAAAAGUCUAUCGAUAUGAUGGAAUAUGGCCAAGCCGAACAGCUUUGGAAACUUUGGUACAUUAUAGGCACGAUCUCAGACCAGAUAUUUUUAAAGAAACUGGAACACUACUUACAACCAACGGGGAACAAUGGGGUAAGCUACGUAGUACUGUAAAUCCAAUUAUGAUGCAACCAAAAACUGUUAGAAUUUAUGUUCCUAGAAUGGACACAACAACAACAAAAUUCAUUGAAAGAAUAAGAAAAAUUCGUGAUCCCGAUACAUUAGAAUUGCCUAAUAAUUUCGAAACAGAAAUUAAUAAAUGGGCUUUAGAACAAAUUUGCUUAGUUGGUCUAGAUACCGAAAUAGGAUUGAUUGGAAACGAAGAAACUGAUAGUGAUGCACAAAAAUUAAUUGAUGCGGUUAAUAUAAUAUUCGGAAUGGUAGAAGAACUUGAAUUUCGACCCUCAUUGUGGAAAUAUUAUAAAACACCAAAAUACAAGAAAAUUAUGAAAGCAUAUGAUGUGCUUACAGAAAUUUCACUAAAAUAUAUUGAUGAGGCAACCGAACGGUAUGAAUUAACAAAAAAAGAUGAUAAACGAGAAGAAAACGAGAAAAGUAUCGUUGAACGUUUAAUUAAAAUUGACAAGAAAAUAGCCGCAGUUGUGGCUAUUGAAAUGUUUUUCGCUGGAGUUGAUACAACAAGUACAACCUUUACAUCUUGCUUGUUAUCUCUAGCAAAAAAUCCUGAAAAACAAGAAAUAUUACGUCAAGAAAUUAGUAAAGUUUUACCAGAACGUGAUACUCCCAUAACAGAACAGAAAUUAAAAAAUUUACCAUACUUGCGAGCAGUUAUUAAGGAAUCCAUAAGAAAAUAUCCAGUAGUUCACGAACAAUCACGCACAACUAACGCUGAUUUUGUUCUAGGAAAAUAUCAAAUUCCUAAAAAUAUUGAUAUUGUAAUGAAUAACACAUAUUAUUAUCAUGAUAGCAAUCAUUUUUCUGAUCCAGAUAAAUUUAUACCUGAACGUUGGUUAAGAAAUCAAGAUCAAUCUAAUAUUAGCGUAUCUGGAUGUCCAGUAACAGCAUCUAAACCAUCAAAUCCAUUUGUUUAUUUACCAUUUGGCUUCGGUAAUCGCAUGUGUGUUGGUAAGCGUCUCGUUGAUAUGGAACUAGAAAUUUUAUUAUCUCGUAUGGUUCGUAAUUUUAAUAUUGAAUAUAAUUAUGAUGAUAUUGCAUUUUUAAAUUGUAAUAGUGUUAUAAUAGAUAGCAUUGCAAAAGCUAUAAAGUAA